UCGGCGGCAAUACGCUCUGGGGGUCUCUCCGGAUAGAGAAGAGGCUCAGUAAGCUGGCGUACGAAGUUACAUACCCCGCACCUCCAUUGCACGUCAAGAUGGCCACCACGACGGAAGUUAUGAGCAGUGCGAAUGAGCUUCUUGGACAACACUCUGUUCUUCUCGCGCGCGUCCGCGCCAAGCAGAUUCAGCAUCGCGAGCAACUGCAGACCCUCAUCUCACCACCUGAGGAGCUCACCAAGCUCCCCCUCAUCCCCGAGCACCGCACCCCUUCCCCCACCCCAGAAUCAUCGGAGACACCACCACCAGAACCUCCAGCAUGGCAGCAAGAGGAGCCGGUUGCUGCACGGAAAGACCUCCCGCCAGCGAAACGCGCGCGGAUGAAGCGAUACCGCAACUACGUGCCAGAGGAGGAAACGAUCCGCAACGACUACUCGCAGCGAUACGUUGACGGCGGGGAGUGGCCGCAGAACUGGGUGCAGGGUGCCGAUCCCGAACGGCGGCAUGAUGAAUACCCCAAGCAGCAUCGCUUGCUAGUCCUCAAGAAGGAAUCCGUCGCAACACACGCUCUUCCCCCAUUCUACCUCCCCUACUCGGACCUCUCACAACUUCAACAAACCAAGUUCGACUCCAUCCUCGUCGACCCGCCCUUCACCUCCAACUUCACCUGGGACGACUUGCAAGAGCUGCCGAUCCCCUCCUUGGCGGCGGACCCCAGCUUUGUCUUCCUCUGGGUCGGCUCAGGCGCGGGCGGGGACCUCGAGCGCGGGCGAGAGGUCUUAGCGAAGUGGGGCUACCGGCGAUGCGAGGAUGUGGUAUGGGUACAGACGAACAAGACGAGCAACAAGGGACCCGGGACGGACAGACCGACGUCUUCUCUCCUCACGCGGACGAAGCAACAUUGUCUAAUCGGCAUCCGCGGCACAGUGCGGCGCUCAACUGACCAUUGGUUCGUUCACUGCAACAAUGACACCGACGUCAUUAUCUGGGAAGGCGACCCUACAGACCCCUUCCGCAAGCCACCAGAGAUGUACACCCUCAUCGAGCACUUCUGCCUCGGUCUCCGCCGCCUUGAGAUCUUCGGUCGCGCGCCCUCGUCCCUCCGCCGCGGCUGGGUCACCGUCCUCGCUCCCGGUCAGGAGAAGCAUAUCCCGCCAGGUCUCGCGCUGCACGUACCUGGCGAGACAGGUGGCGAAGCAACGCGCUGGCAGGGCCGCGAGGCGUGGACGGCAGCCAUCCGCGCGUUGGCGGAGGGCCCGCGCGCGGUGAUCCCAAGUACGCCGGAGAUCGAAGCCCUACGACCGAAGAGCCCGGUGAGGAACCAGCCUGGUGGGGGCAGUCAAGGAGGAGGAAGCCAGGGCGGAGGACGCGGCCCAGGAAGCGGAGGGAUGAUGAAUAUAGCCCCGAGGUUUAACAACGGCGGUGGAGGGCAGAAGGGCGGGCAGGGCGGCGGCGGCAUGGCAAACAACCCCAUGAUGGGCGGAGGCAUGGGCAUGGGCAUGGACCCGAGCAUGCUCUGGGGCGGGAUGAUGGGCGGCGGAAUGGGCAUGGGUGGGAUGGGAAUGCCGGGAAUGAUGCAGAACGCGGGCAUGGGCCAGGGAAUGCAAGGCGGUAUAGGGAUGCAAGGCGGAGGGGGGAUGGGUAUGCAGGGCGGGAUGCCUGGCAUGCAUGGAGGCGGCGGGCCGAUGGACAUGCAGGGCGGCUUCCAGGGCUUCCAAGGUCCUCAGCAGGGCUUCCAAGGUGCGCAGCAGGGCUUUCAGGGCCAGCCGGGUUGGGGCAUGGAAGGCAGCUGGGACGGCUCGGACGAGAUGAUGAUGGGUGGCGGUGGGAGUGGAAUGGGCGGAGGCAUGAGUGGCGGCGCAGUUAUGGGCAUGAACUCCGGAGGCAUGGGUCAAGGCAUGAUUCCUUCGAACGCCAUGGGAGGCGGAAUUCCCGGGAACAUGCACGGCGGUAUGCCUCACAACGUCGGUGGCGGUAUGCCCCAUAACAUGGGUGCGGGGAUGCCCAAUAUACCCGGUAUGGGUGGCGGCAUGCCGAACCAACUGGGACUGAACAUGUCCGGUGCGAUGGGCGGAAACAAUAUGGGAGGCAUGCCCGGGAUGAACAUGAAUAUGCGCGGCGGUAUGGGCAUGGGACAGAAUAUGGGACAAUGGGGAGGUGGCGGUGGGAAUUUCUAGCUUCGCCUACUGCUGAACGUGUACUGUAGUCUGCAUUGCUUCCCUGUCGGACGUCGGACAUCUAUGUACUUAAUCUGUCGGACAUGUUGCUUCUCGCUGAGCUUUGUUUUGCAUACCAAUGCUCUCGUGCUGUAUUCCUGGUUCAGACGUGACACUGCUCUUACUCGCUCUGCAGCCGUUUGACUCGUUCGUUGCCUGUGAGACCGACCUUUUGGCGUCCCAAGCACGAGUAGAUAUGUGUCAUACAUCGUUGAGGAUACUCGAUACAUCAUAAUACACGGUAUGUCGAACUCGUCUAUGUAG